AUGCCCGGGCCACCUUCUUCUGCCGCUUCGAGGUCGAGCUCUCAUGUCUGGAAUCCGGCUCUCAUUGACAGUUCGAACGAGAGACUUCCUGGAACCCCUGCUGCCAGUGCUUCUUCUCGGAAUACGCACAUUCAGACGCCGCAAAGCGCAUUGGAUACGCACUUCCCGUCAGAGCCUCUGCGUCAUCACCCCGGAAACCAACAAGACGCCGGGUUUGACGCGAGUGCUGGCCCCGUCUACCCUGACCAAGCGGAUGCUCGGGCGCAUAACGCACUAUUUGACCUGCCUGUACAUUCAUCUCUACACGCGCAAGACAGUGGCAUAGGUGUCCAUGCAUCGCAAAAUGGUGUUUACCCGCCCAGCAAAGUGAACUCACGCGUGGACGCCACGAAACCUUCUCCCGAACUUUCCCGCUCCUGGGAUGGCGCGCUCAAGUUCUUCUUCACGCGCGCUGGGUUAACCCAAACAAUGCAAGGGUUUGGAGGCGACAUGCUCGUGAUGAAUCCCGCUUUUGAGAGGAACGAAUUACCGAGUGCCCUUGAGGAUCUCAAGCAAAUGCUAUACCGAAUGACCGGACCAUCCCCGUCUGAUAUCGAGGUCCCAGCAUUGGACAGGCGAAAGCUCGACUUCGUUCGGCACUCAGCUGAUACGGAAAUACUGACGCCAGGUUCGAUGAACGGAUCUAUAUCUCUCCUUCUAUCUCGUAAACGCGCACGCAAUGAUGCAUCUAAUCAAUCAGAGUUCAUCGUCAAUAAGCGUCAACGUCUAGACAGCAGGGAGAGCGCAACGACAGCAAGAGUGGAUGCCAAGACUGUUGACAGGGAGGCGAUGAUGAAAUUCGACAUCGCGAAGAACGACGAAGGUCCAUUGAGGCGAACAGUCCAAUCACCCUCUGCUGCAAAGGACGAGGACAAGGACAGGCCUUAUUUGACUGGUAUGGCUGCGGAUGCGUCUGAUAGGUUGCACUCGGGGCUAGACGAACGUCUCAAGAACUUGGAGGAGCACUUAGCCAUGCGUUAUGUACCUUCGGCGCCUGUAGCGCUUUCGACUCGAUUGCAACUUAUUGAAGAGCAUAUCAUCAACCUGGAACGCGAAUACCCCCCUUGGGCGGCCUUGCACUUCAAUCAACCUCGCCGCGGCUGGCCUGCGCCGCCUCGCCCAACACCAGUCAUUGUAUCGUCACACCUCACUUCAACAGCCGCUCAGAGGGAAUUCUCUGCAUCAUUGCACCAGGAUGCCCAAUCUUCACCCCUUUCGGAAGCUCCCGUGUCGAGAGAAACGAAAGGAAAGGGUCGCGCUCAAUCUAGCCUUCAACGGGCCGUUCUUGAAAAGCUGGAGGUACAAAAAGCGAUGAAUGACAUGAAGGGGCCAACCAGCUGA